AUGCGCAUCCCAACACUUCUCUCUAUCUCCCUUUUCUCUGCUAUCUUCACUUCCCCCACCUCCGCCACACCGCUCUCACAUAGACAUCGCCUCCCUAGACCAUCGGCUGUGACUAAACCCAUCCUUCCGCGCGAAACUGAGGUUGCAAGUGCCGGCAGCCGAGAUCUACUAGACGACCUCGACGACUCAGAUUUUCUUGAUUUCCCAGAUUUCCCUCCAGGUUUCCCUUUUGACUCCUCUGGCUUUCCAUUCGACGAUGAGCCAGCACCCAUUCCUGCGCCUGACCCAGCUCCUCCUCCACCGGAGCCAGCUACAGGGCCAGCACCAGGAGCGAACAAUGCCCCUGCCCAGGAUUGCGCAUCUCCAGUGACGAUAACGCAAGCGGAGGUCCAGACUACAACAGAAACAGCCACAGUUACAAUCACGGCUGGCGAAGCCUUUCUCGACGGUCUGUUCGAGGGAAAGCAAGAAUAUAUAACCCUCAUUGUCACCACCACUGAGACCGAGUUUGCACCUGGGCAGACGGUGACCAUCACGACUGCUGAAGCACAAAGGGAGAAUAAAGAUGAGCCAACAAUAACCAUAACAGUUACAGAAAAGCCUGAGCCCGCAACUGUCACUGUUACAGAGGUACAAACUGUCACUGCCGUAGCAGAUUCAGUAGAUGCAGGGGCGGGUAAUAACCCAGGUACAGGGGACAAUAAGGAUAUACCCCCUCCACCCGAGCCACCAGCUCCUCCUGCACCACCCCCACCUUCACCGCCAGCUCCCCCUGUUAUCGAAGAACCAACUCCUAUUACCGAAGAACCAGCCCCUCCCGCAGAAGGAGGUCAGGAUGGAGACGAAGGAGGUUCAAAUCAUCCUGAUUUUGUCGACCUUGGGGUUCUGGAACUUGACGAAGACGGGCCUCAGCCUACUAUACAUAUGGUUGCAGCUGCGCCAAGUCAUUCGAACUUUCAUAAUGCCGCAGCGGUGCCUACACCUGCUCCCCAUCCCGUGGAUUCAGCAUUAUCCUCAAUUGCGAGCCCCUCAGUAUCUGAAAAUCCUUCGACAUCGGCUGAAUUUGUGUCAUUCGAAUCAAAUACAGUCAUGUCAGGCGAGAUCGCUACUGCGACUUUAACUAGCACAACCACGGUGGUCGUGACAAGUACUAGAACUUUUACCCAUGUUCGUCCGACAGCUUUUAGACUGCCAACGAUCGAGUUCGAUGAUGAGUAG